CUCGCACACCACUCCAAGCACCUCUCUCUACACACGACACCAUGGUUGCCACUAUCGACUCGUACGACGCCUUCAAGGCUGCCACCAGCACGGACAAGCUCGUCAUCAUCGACUUCUGGGCCACCUGGUGCGGUCCCUGCAAGGUCAUCGGCCCCGUGUUUGAGAAGCUCGAGCCCAAGUUCGAGAACAUUGGCUUCUUCAAGUGCGACGUCGACGCCCAGGAGGAGGUGGCCGGCGAGGUGGGCAUCAAGGCCAUGCCGACCUUUGCCCUGUUCAAGAACGGUGAGAAGGUCGGGACCGUCGUCGGUGCCGACCCGAACAAGCUCAAGGCGGCGCUCGAGCACCACUCGGUCGCGUCCGCGUGAGGAGGAGGUAGAUGUUGUGUUCGAGCAGGAGACUUGCGAGCGUGCAAGGAACAAGGAUUGUACACAU